GAAAAUGUUAAAAUAUAUUUAAGAUCAAGAUUUUGGCACUUUUGAAACACUACAAGUGCAAAGACAGAAAAAAGUGUUUUGUAUGAAUAUGCCAAUGUAAUAGCUAAUUAAGAGUCGAUCAGUUUCUUAAAUUUUACAUGAUGAACUCAUUACGUUAUAAAAAUCAUCAGCUAGAAAAAAAUAAAAAGAAGAAUCAUAUUAUGACAGAAUUUCAUCACCAAUAAAACCUAUUGAAAUGUCAUAAUCUAAUUAAGCUCUUCCAAAAAUAAAUUUAUAAAAAACUUAAACAGAAGAAUUGAAUAAAACAAAAAAGAGGAUUAAAGUAUUAAACAAUAUUUCGAAAAGACAGAAUGAUUUAAAUUAAUGGAAUUAAGCAUUUUAUUAAAAUAGAUCGAUCAAUGGACAAUCUCCAAGAAUAUAAGAGAUUAAAAAGGCACUUUAAGAAUAGAUGAAUGAUGGAAAAUCAUAAAGUCUAAAUUCUAGUAUUCUCUUAAAAUUGAGUAGAACUGAGAGUCCCAAAAAAAGAACUAAUGUAUUUAUCUAAUUCAUUUAAUAGCUUCAAACAGAAAAAGCAUUAAGAAAUCUGUUAUGUGAAUAUGUUCUAGAUGAUAAAAUUGCUUUUAAUGAUUUGAUCCUAGAUAAUAAUCGUUAAGUGCAAGAUCCUAGAUAUAUGAUUGAAUAGGUAGUUAUGAACUAUGAGAUUCUAAAAUAAAUAUUUCGAAUUGAAAAAACAAUCACUAAAAUUAUCUUAAAAACCCAAGGUUUAAGCAAGUAAGUUUUAUUAUAAAACAAGAAAAAUCAUUCAUACAUUCUUUAAAGAAAUUAAACCUAAUUGUCCCAAUGAUAUUUCUUAAUUUGAAUAUCAUUUUAAACUAAGAAGAAAUAUAUCUAAAUCAUUCAUUAUCUCUAAGUUUAUAAUUGGAGUAGAACCUGAAUUAGAUCAAACAAUAGAAAAGUUGUUAAAUAGAGAAGCUCUAUCACCUGAUAUGCAAUCGAUAUUACUAUCACCUGAAGAACUGCUAUAAAAGGCUCUAGAGUCGCUAAAAUUUGAUUACGACUACUUAAACAAAUUGAAUUAUUUCAACAUCAAUUUACAUGAUUAGAUCAAACAGAAGUAAGUAAAAGCAAUAUAAAAUAAAUUGCUUUUAAAUGGAAGUAUCAUUGAUUAAACUAAUUUAUCUUUGGAUUUCGAACAGCCUUAAAGUUUAUUAGCUAAAAUUAAUGAUUGUGAAAGGCGGUUGGGUAAGUUCCAAAAAAUAAGUAAUUAGUCAAGAUUUAAGUGUUUGGAAGCUGAAGCAUAUUUAUAUUAUAGGUGA